UCCCGCCAGCCCGGCACCCCCAUGGACUGAAUGAAGGCUGCCUACACCGCCUAUCGAUGCCUCACCAAAGAGCUGGAUGCCUGCGCCAUGAACCCGGAGAUGACCAUGGACAGCCUGGGCAGUUUGCAUGGGGCCGCCAGCCACGAGCAGGAUCUGCUGGGCAGCCCCAGCCGCAGCGCCGGGUCGCUACGGGUCCACCCUCCUCCUUCGCACCAGGACUUGGCUUCUGCCUCUUCCCGCUCGGCCAUGGUGUCCAGCAUGGCUUCCCUGCUAGACGGGGCAGGGGACUACCGGCCGGAGCUGUCCAUCCCCCUGCACCAUGCCAUGAGCAUGCCCUGUGACUCCUCGCCCCCUGGCAUGGGCAUGAGCACCACCUACACCACUCUGACUCCACUCCAGCCCCUGCCGCCCAUCUCCACCGUCUCCGACAAGUUCCACCACCCGCACCACCACCCCCAUGCCCACCACCACCAUCACCACCACCACCACCAGCGCCUCUCCGGCAAUGUCAGCGGGAGCUUCACCCUGAUGAGGGACGAGAGGGGGCUGCCGGCCAUGAACAACCUCUACAGCCCCUACAAGGAGAUGUCCGGCAUGGGGCAGAGCCUGUCCCCCUUGGCUGGCACCCCCCUGGGCAACGGAUUGGGGUCCAUCCACAACACCCAGCAGAGCCUCCAUAACUAUGGGCCCCCCAGCCACGACAAGAUGCUCAGCCCCAACUUCGAUGCCCACACUGCCAUGCUGGCCAGGGGCGAGCAGCACCUCUCCCGGGGGCUGGCUACCCCUCCUGCGGCCAUGAUGUCCCACUUAACCGGUAUGCACCAUCCUGGGCACCCUGGCCAUGCGCAGCCUCACGGGCCCGUGUUGGCUUCCAGUCGGGAAAGGCCGCCCUCCUCCUCUGGAUCUCAAGUUAACAACUCUGGGCAGUUAGAAGAGAUCAACACCAAAGAAGUGGCCCAGAGGAUCACUGCAGAGCUGAAGCGCUAUAGCAUCCCCCAGGCGAUCUUUGCCCAGAGGGUGCUGUGCCGUUCUCAGGGGACCCUCUCAGACCUGCUAAGGAACCCUAAACCCUGGAGUAAGCUGAAAUCUGGCAGGGAGACGUUCAGGAGAAUGUGGAAAUGGCUGCAGGAACCCGAGUUCCAGAGAAUGUCAGCCUUAAGACUUGCAGCAUGCAAACGCAAAGAACAAGAACCAAAUAAAGACAGGAACAAUUCCCAGAAGAAAUCUCGUCUGGUUUUCACCGAUCUCCAGCGCAGAACACUUUUUGCCAUCUUCAAAGAGAACAAACGUCCAUCCAAAGAAAUGCAGAUCACCAUCUCCCAACAGCUGGGCUUGGAACUUACCACUGUCAGUAACUUCUUCAUGAACGCUAGGAGACGCAGCCUUGAGAAAUGGCAGGAUGAUUUGAGUACAGGGGGAUCCUCUUCAGCCUCCAGCACUUGUACCAAAGCAUGAUUGAAGAAAGGAAUCUAAAUUGGGCACAACUCAACCAUAAAAAAAGAGAAAAAAAGAAUGAAAGAAAAGAAAAAGUAUGGAUUCUGAAUGGGGCCCUUCACUGGUGAUUUGAAAGCACAAUUCUCUUGGAAAGUAAUUCUAGUCUAGCUGUAAACAUAGGACACUUUUUUAAUGUCUAUUUAGUCAGUUUUAGAAGGCGCAAAUCACAAAUUAAUCACUUUCUAUAUAGUAUUACAUUCAAGACAGGCUAAGCAUAUCCAAAAUAUAAGUGGGUCAUUCAUGACAUAAAUUUUUCCUGAGAGCCAGUGAAGACUUAAACUAUGGAUCAGCAUUUAAGGCGAUGGGAGUACUGCAGGAUUGCCCAGAGUUGGUAGCUAAACAGAAAUGCAAACAUGUCUGACCUACUUUGUUUUCCAAAUGCUUAGGCUUGCCACACCACAAUAUACCAAAGCUCACACCCAUAACUUGACAACAUGAGAACUGAGCACAAAUCUUAAAAGAUGGAAAUUGAAAAAUCCAAGAACCUGUUUUGUAAUCUCAGGCAUUGUUUUGUUUAGAUGUUUUAGAAAAAAAAAUGGAUCCAAUUUUAUGUUUCGGGUUUAUUUUUUAAACUUAUCAGUGAACACUCACAUGGUCUUGAAUCACUAAAAUUCAGUUCACUUGAGCUCAAAGUAUCAAGCACAAAGACAAUAGAUACAGAAAUAGAAUGGUUCUGGACUUUCUACAUCUGUUCUUUCAAGACACUCUAAUUUAUGAAGUUGUUAAUGAAAAGUAUGUGACCACACAAGCUUCAAGCACAUUUUGCUGUUUGUCACAAAUUCUGUGUUUGUACAUAAUGCAGAUACACACUCAGGAGGUCAAUUUAACUGCUACAGUGCAUGGAGCAAACACAACAUUUUGAGAGAGCUAGAUUUCCUUAGGUCAUUAAUAUGUCCUUUUUAGUUAUUAGCAUCUAGUUUCUCCUUAUCAUUUCAUUGUUACUGAAGUCUAUUUAGGUGGGUUUUUUUUUAAAUUGAUGCAUUCAGUAUUAGAGUUCCUUGGUAUUUUCUUAGCAGAAAAAAAGCAUCCACUUUCAGGAUGUCACUGACCAUGUAGAUGUGCUGCAUAUGACUUAAAUAUGACAUCAAAAUCUAUCACAUCUCCAUUACUAAUUCAUUUAACCUGACGAGAACACAGUACACCAAAGAUGCAGUAUAUUGUAAGCCAAAGACAUUUAUAACUUGCCAUUUAUUUUCAUCAUCAUCAUCAUAGUAUUGUGAUUAUUUUAGAAAUCAGAAAGCCUUGCAAACUCCAAAGUAUAACUCUAUCAUUUUAGUUUGCUGUACAAUUGAGCAGAAAGUGGCUGCUGACAACAUUAGCGAAGUUGUGAGUGGAGUAGCAGCGCUAGCAGGGCCAUACUAGCUGCAGUUACAGUAGUCUUUAAAUAGCAUAAACAAUCCUUCUCACUGAAAUUGUUAUGGUCACUUGAUGUGCAUAUUUACCAGUGAAUGGCCCCUUUUGAAACACCAAUUGAGUGUUCAAAAGCAAGCCAAACGCUGUAAUGAUUCUUUAAAGACACUUGAGACUUUUUUAUAUACUACUUAAUCGAAACCAAAGAAACUUUUUCUGCACCUACUUCUUCUGCAACAAACUGUUCCAUUUUAAUAAAAUAAAAUUUAAAAAAAACCAAGGAAGCACGUCAGGAAACAAAAACAACACAACACACUGUGUUUUGACAGACAUCGUGGACAUUUUAGGAAGCAGAUUUCAAAGAAAGGGUUGACAAGAAUGAAAACAAAGUAAAGCCAAUGUGAGUGCUGCUUCAUCUGACAAUUCAGUAAUCUUAAAGUUGAAGAUUGUCUUUAAUUUGUGCCUAUGCAGUUUUUUCAAAAGAACAAGGAACAGAGCAACCGAAACCUCAACAGCUACAAUACCAAAGAUGAGGAUUUCUCACAACUUUUGUUUCAGUUCAUUAUCUCCUCUUGCACGGCUAAAAUGCUUAUAGCACCAUUGAUCUGUGUAAAGGUAAUCAAUUCUGUUUCUUUGUGCAACAAAAAGGGUGGGUUUUAUUUUUAUUUUUCUGUUUCUCCCCCCACAUGGAAUCUUUCAAGGAUUCCAUGGACUCCAAGUAUAAGGUGUUGGGAUACUAAACUAAUCUGUCUUCUCUGUCCAUGAGAGUUUGUGGGAAAAUGUGUCAGUUGAAUAUUAUUUGUUUUUAACAGGUAGAAUUGUUCUCUUGUAUGUUCAGAGCUUUAAACAACCAUCCCAUAUGGGAAAAAAUGCUUAAGUGACCAGAUCCUCUUCCUCUUCCCCUUAAAUGAAUCUCGCAAGACAGGGACUGAAAUACUUCAUUGUAAAUACUGACUUUCACUUGAGAUGAGCCUGAGUCACAAAGAUCAGAUCUAGAAUUCAAACUGGAUCAGAGCUUCCAGUAGUUUGGGUGGUUUGCAUUCAUUGCUCUGGUUUGAACCGUUAUACUUCCAAAUAAUGAAAUUCGGAUCCAGGACCAAAGCUGAAUUUCCUCAAAUUUUUGGGGGGAGGGAAUCUGAGGAGGGUUGCAACCAGUGUCUCAAUUCAACUCCAUCUCUAUAGAUGACUUGGGGCUUCUUUUCAAAUAACACCGCAUAUAAAAGUAAUAUAAUCAGUUUCUACAUUUUACUUUUUUUUUUUAAGAAAAGAAAGAAAAGUAGAAAAUGUUUCUGUACCAGAAGGAUAGUUAAGGACCUUUCCUUAGAAAUAAAUUCAAGAUGGCUACCUGGGAAUCAGCAUCAGCAACUAACCUGAUAAAUGCUAGCUUUGGGGGGAAAUUAUUGUUUCCACAUAACUCUUUCCCAGAGAAGGUUGGUCAUACAUGAGUCUCCAAAGAACAAGUGAAGCCUCAUUAUCGGAGAUGGAGCUGAGUUGCAAAAGCCAGAUCUGAACUCACACUUUUCCAAAGAAUCAAGGUGUUGGGGUUUAAGGUUUUGAUUUGGCCCAUAAUAGAAAGAGAGUCCAGUUUAUGAAGCUUUGAUCCAAAUCUAAACUUCACGUUCAAAGUUUGGUAUGAAGCUAGUGUUCAAAACAGGGUUGGUUUGAGAAUGCCUAUCUCCACACUUCUUGCAUAUGAUCAUUGACCAUACUAGCAAUUUUCCAUCCUAAUACUGUUGUUCUUCAUUUUCUAGCAGUAUUAUACAAUGCUGCUUUUCAUAUUGUUUUUCUCAUAUCCCAUUCCAUAAUGUUAUAUACCCUUCGCUGUUCUAUAAAAGGGAUGGACAUAGUACUUUAGUUAAAUCACAGAAUGUCAUUUCUUAACCUCUUUUAGAUUACUGUCAAUUUUCCUUAUGAUUUCAAUUAAUUGAUGUGUAUAUCUGACAAAAAAUAAUAUCCCAGCCAUCAUUUAAGGAAUGUGGUCAAAAUAAGCUGUCCGUGCCAAAGUAAGUUUUCCAUACAGAUGGCCUUCUAACAUAAACCAGCAGGUGGAUGUGCUUAAACGUCUGCUUUAUAAUCAAGGGGAAAGUGCCAUGUUUCCCAUAUAAGGGUUUUAUGCUGGAAAAUUAGUGAUUUGUAAACUUUUAACGAGUAAAAGGAGAAAAGUGAGUAAAUUCUCACAACUUCAAAGACCAUUUUACAUCAUAUGCACUGAAGCCCAAGGAAUUUUCUAGAAAUUCCUGCCACAUCUCUUUCUCAUUGUUUGAGGCCAGAUUCUAGUACCCCGACCUUUGCUGAGUAGUUUUGCAUCCUGUGAGCAGCCUUAUGAAUUUCAAUGGGACACCUUGUGGCAUAUGUUGCUACACAACAUGAGAGAAUCAGAAUCAGGUCCUUGAUUGUUUCAGACCAAAAUAGCAUAAUUUAUUGUCUAAAAUCUAAACACCUUUUAGGCUUUAUUUGUCUCAUCUCACCAAUAAAAAAUACAGCAGAUGCCCAACUAUCUCUGGAAAGAGCAUGGCCAGGAAAAUUUGUGUCUAAGCUUCAUAUCUCAUGGGAGAAUGCAAAAGCUGUUAACCAUGCAAUGAAAAAAAAAGCUAUUUUUAUUCAAGCAUGAGUGUAAGUCUUUUUUAUUUGACUCUAGGCCAGCAGCUGCAGCCAGAACAAUCCAGGUUAAAUACUGAAUUAUUAACAAACAAAAAUCAUUCUUAAGAUAAAACGUGAUAUUUUUGAUUCCCCGCAAAUGUUUGGAUGUGCUUGGUAGACAAUAUAAUAGCUCAAAUUCCAAUCUUUAAAUUUAAACUACUAGAAAACAAACACACACUGGAAACAACAUAUUGAUUUUGCUGUUAUGAUUAGGGUUCCAACCCUGCAGCCUUUGGUCAAGCAAAAUUGCAGCGUAAGCUUUUGCCUGAGAGAGGAUUGCAUUUUGAGGCCAUGGCCAUGUCAAUGUUCCUAUUAUAUGCCUAUUUGUCAAAAAUGAUUUUGAUAUGGACAUAUGAAAAUACUGCUGCAUUUUUGACUCCCGUAUAUUUUAUCAACCCAUAUUAAGUCUUCCAUUUCAUUGUCAACUGUAUCAGGCUUUUUAUGUAGCAUAUAACUCAUAUAAAAUGCAUGUUAGCGGUAUAAACUGAGUGUAGAUAUAUAUGUGGGUAUGAGUACACAUAUGUAUGAUAUACAGUAUAUUCUGUUUAUACUAAAAAAAAUCCAAAAUGUGCGUGUUACAUUUAUAUGCCAUCUGUUUAUAACUCUCUAUAGCUAUAUGCUAUAACUUGUAUCUUUUUUGUUUAUUUGUUCGGAUGCAAAAAAACUAAUGUAAAAAUAGUAUCCCAGCAUCUUCUUUACUAUAUACUUGGAGUCACUAUCAUGGGCACAUCCAAGAUGAAUUCAACUUUCAAGAACCCUUGGAUAUUGUUUAAUCAUCUCUGAAGGAACAAAGAAUGUGCUUGAUUACUUCGGUUGAAUAGCUUUAUUCUGGAUCUCUCUUAACUAAAGCUAAAUCCAAAGACCUGAGAAGGACUAAACCAGCAAAGCAAAGCUCAAACCUACUUAAGGGAAUAGGAAUCUCCUCUUCCAAAAGGAGACAUGGUCAUGACGUAGCUUUGGAAAGGUUGUGCUAGCUAUGGGGGGGUGGGGGGAGAAAUCUGAUGUUUUUCUUGCUUGUCACAACACCUGAGUAUUUUUAAAAGUGGGAAAACUUUAUAGAUUAUACUGGGCCUAAUUUGUAUUUAUUAAGGGGAAUUUUUAUUGUUUAAAUUUUUUUUAAAUGGUAAUCUUUGAAUGAUUUUAUUUUUUUUCCUGACUCUUUUGGGUUGUGACCCAAUAUAUUAACUAUCAAUGAUGUACUUUAUUUAAAUUAGUCUCAGACCAAUCCUGACAUCUUUAUUCAGGCUAAAUCCCCAUGUGGUUUCAUUUUAUUUUAAUAUUCAGUGGGAGUUUUGCCUGCUUACAGACUGCAGGAACAGGCUCAAGUGAUAAUCUUUUGUAACUAUUUAAUUUAAAUCAUUCCUGAUUACUUUGUCAUUUGAGUUAAUUUUACGUAUUUAUCAGUUCUAGAAUUGUAGCGCAUCAUAGAUGCAAUGCUUAUAUUAGUAUAUAUACUUUAAAGUUAGUAUUGCUUCAUAAAGCAGCUAAGUUCUGUUACAGACAGGGAAAAAUAACAGGUUAAAAAGGGAUUUUUAAGUUUUAUUUCUUCUUUUAAUCGAUUUAAAUUGUUUAAAUAUCAAUAAUUAAAUUAUUUAAGUUAAUCCCCCUUCCCAUCUCAUUAGAAAGUGGGACGUACCUUUAAUUAUUAUGACACAUGAAGCCUUCCCAAUAUACCUUAUUUAUUUAACUUAUUCAGCAUCUGCGAAAGAUGCCCUUGUAUAGUUUUAUAUUUUUUAUUUAAAACAACCUAAAGCACUACAGUUUAUUUUCUGUCAGAACAACAGAGCGAAUUUUGUGGACAAGCAAUGAAUAUUCAACCUAUAACUGUGCAUUCAGAAACAAUAGAAAAAAGACACUGAGAUACUUUGCCUGAACUUUGUGGCUUCUGAAAACUUAAGAUGGGGGAAAAAAAUAUAACGACAAGCAAAAACAGAGAAACCCUUAAACUAGCUGCUUCCAAGAAUGAACUCUGCGUGUGUGGGGGGAAAAAAAGAGGAAAAACAAAGAAAAAAAUAAAGAAAAAAACCUUUCUAUUUCUAGUGAGAACCAAAGAGGCUACCUCACUGACUUUUUCCAUUUGUAAUUUUAAUCGUGUUGAUGAUACCAAAGAUACCAAAGAUUUCUUUCUCUGUGCGGUCUGCAUUUUGCUCGUGCUCUUUUAUAGUUUUCACCUUUCUCUCUGACAUACAGUAAUGUACAGCUGCAACUCAGAUACCCCAAAGAAAUUCCUGUAGCGGGGGCUGCUAAUUCUGAUGGGAGCAUUUUCUGUGUUUAUUCUAUUCCUUCCUGCCAGCUAAAAAUGUCCAAGGCCAAGUCAGGCAAGUUCAGAGCCUGGUAGAACCACUUUACUUCUCCCACCUGCCAGAUUCAAUCAGUUGGAGCAACUGUGUUGACUCUUGAUUGGUAUCUAUUUUUUGUUCUUUGACUGUUACCUUGAUCAAAUAAAUCUAUAUCCAGUUAUCUUGCCAAAUGCAGAACUCCAUCUGAAAUAUUCGGGGGGGUUGCAUUUGAAUCAAUGGCAGAAAUUGGACCAGGGUCUCUCUCUCUCUGUUUAACGUUAUGGGUCUGAUCCUGUAGUCCUUAUUCAAGCGAAACUCCCAUUGACGGUCCUUAGAGAUUUAAGUGCAUUAUCAGGAAUCAUCAGGAGAAAGCCACACAGUUAAGAAGGUACUUCUCUCUGCUCAUUGCAUGAUUUAGUAGAUGCUCCACACACAGGGCUUCCAUUGACUUCAGUGGGAAUGAUGUACAUGGGGCUCAAUCCUGCAGACUCACGCAAGUAUCUCUAAUUCACAUAAAGCCAGAUUCUGCUGAAGUACAGCACUAUUUUAGUGGAUGGUGGAGAGGUCAGGAAGUAAUUGCUGCCCUAUGCGAAGCGUUGCAUACGUGACUGUGUGCAUUAUGGGAUUUUUUUUUUACUUCCUCUAAAACAUCAGGCAUUGGGUGCUGCAAGAAGCAAAAUACCAGAUUAAUUAGAGUAUGUUUACACUGCAAUUGGGAGGUGUGAUUACAGCAGGUGUAGACAUACCUGAGCUAGCUUUGCUCAAGCUAGCUUGAGUAACAAAACAAUAGCAACGAAGCCAGGGCAGCCCAGUUGACUUCAUGGGCUAGUGCCAUCUGCCCAGGGUCCUAGGUAUAUAAUUGAGCAGAGCUGUCCAGCGUGCUACAGAUUCACUGCUUUUGUUAUGUCUACAUGUGCUGCAAUCACAUGUCCCGACUGCAGUGUAGACAUAUGUCAGUGAAUCAAAGAUCAAACCUAGUACAGUAAAUCUUCUGGACCAGAGUCUUAUCUUAAGAGCUCCAGUGUAAAUCUGGAUAUCUCCCAGGAAGUCAUGAAAUUACUGUGAUUUUACACCAUUGAAACAAAGAUCAGAAACAAACCCUGAGUUUCUAACCCACAUUCUAGAUUCAAGCGAAACAAAGGCUGCUUUCCCAUUUUUUUUACAAUUGCAGUUUUUUCACCUUCUCAUCCAUUGAGUUAAUUAUUUUUUCUCAAGUUAGCAGAGAAAUGAAGACACAUUAUGCUCCAUUAAUAAGAUGCGCGUAAGUGAUUACUUAAAAUUUGGUUACCUCUUUUUGUCAUCAGGGAAUAAAUAAUGCCCUUUUGUGCUUGUUUCUUUUAGCCUGUUAUAUGAUUGACUUAAAAUCCACUCAUCAGCAUGGUUUGCUUUUUUGUAUACAGCAUUUAACAUUUCACAGGUUUAUAUCAAAUAGGUUUAGACAUAGAGGGCCCAAUUCUGCAUUCAUUUGGACCCUGCACAAUCCCAUCGACUUCAGUGGGAGUUUUGCCUGAGUAAAGAGAGCAAGGUUGUGCCAGCAUACGCAGAAGAUUUGUAGAGCAGUAAAUCCAGACAGUGAGUUCAGUUACACAAGAGCAACUGAGUUAGCUAUCUGGCCCGUAGAAUCUAUGGGCCUGCUCCUGCUCCCACUGACAUAGAAAACUCCUCAACAGAAGGAGAAUCCAGCCCUGCAAAGAUACAAAGGCCCUGGUUCUGUAACAAGGAUUGUACCUAUGCAGAAUCUCAUUGGGGUCAGUGGGGCUCCACUGAGACAGAUAGGUCUGCUAGGAUCAGGGACAUAAAACUGUGUAAUAGUCUAAUGCACUUGCAUAUAUUAUAGUGAUAUUUGAGUUUUACAAUAAGGUGUUUGCAUCAGCAGUGUAUUGUUGAUUCAAACUAUUUUCAUCAUCAGCUCAACCCAAAAGCUCCAUUUUUGUACUAAACUUGCUGCUUCUUUUUUUCAAAAUAACAAGUCUUUUCUUUCUUGGAAAAGACAGUGGCUUGAUACGUGUGCUUUUGAUAUUUGUUUGUAUCUAUCUAUUUAUCUAUCUAUCCACCUUCAACAUGGAGCUAUAAUAAUUCUCAGGAUGCUUUCUAGGUAUGGAGGAGCCAAUAUAUUCCUUGUGUUAGGUGAAACCUUCCAUACUAUACCACCCUCUCUCACCUCCCAGGGUACAUCUAAGAACACUGACAGUUUGAACACAGAAAAUAGUCAGAAUUGGCAGGAUCCCCUACAGCAAUUGCAUUCCUUGCCAGACUCAUGCUUCACUUGCAAAGUGUGACAUUACCACGGGACGAGUGCCUUCCUUGAACCAAAGCAACGAUUUUGCCAGUCUAAACCUCUCUGUGCUUUUUUUAAUUCUUCCUGUGAAUACCUCAGCUUCAACUGGGCCGCCAUACUGUACCUGGUGGGCUUAUUGUACUGUGGUGCUUUGCAAUGCAACCCCACAAAGAACAAUAUUUGUAAUAAUACCAAAGGUUCGUCUUCUGCUGCUUCUUCUUCUUCCUCCGCCUCCUCCUUUUCUAUUUCUUCACGGUUCCAAAGCUUUAAUAUAAAACUGGGCAUGUUGGCAACGCAGACCGCGCAAUUCCUUACCGAAUUUUCUCAGAUAUACCUCAUAGAUGAUAGUGUGUAGAGUAAUGUUAUUAUAGCGUAUGUAAUAAAUUAUUCACUGUUUCUUUUUGGUAACUGUGAUUUAAAGAAAAAAAAGCUUUAUACGUUUUAGGUUGUGCUUUUGUAAUAGACAAAAAAGGUGCGCUAAAAUAAUGUCCGUCCGUCUUUUUUCCCUUUGGAUUUUUAUUUAUUCUGGAUUGGGGAAAGUUGCAGAAUGAGCCCAAAGUUUACAGUUUCAUAUUUUGCUGAAGAAACAAUCUGUGUUAAUUUGCUCUGUUGAAAAAAAAUAUGAUUAUUUUCUACAUUUGUGCUACUUGGUCUGAACAACUAAUUGUUCUGUGUUACAGUGUAGUAUUAUAAUUAGCAACUACCAAUCAGUGCUAUAAUUUGUAUGCAUGAGGCAAAAAAAGUUUAGCAGUGUGAUGCGUUGUGGUUCUUAAUGGCAACUUUUUUUUUCGUUCAGAACUAGACCUUAACCUUUGGUUUAAUGGAAUUUAUGCAUGGGAGCCUGUUAUCUGUUAGCAGUUGUGGAACAAUUGUGUAUACAUUUAAACUAUGAAAACAUGCACAGUUCUGCCUCAUGCAGUUGAAAUACUAGUUUAUAUGAGCAUUUACAUCACUAUUAAGCUCUGUCCUGAUCAGUCCAUGUUUAAAAAAACAACAAAAUCAAAUUGGAUUCCAGUUAUAAAACAGGAAAUUUUAUUCAAAGCAAAGUUUGACCAAUUGGCAGGUCCACAUGGCCAAUAAAUUUAAUUUAUGAGUGGGUCAUUUCAAAAUAUGUCUCAUUCAAAAUUGAGUCAACUGUGCAUUUUUUCCAAAAAUAAAAGGAGUUAUUUUGGCUUUAUGGCAGAAACCUUAGACAUAACAUGUAAUACCCUCGAAUGUAAAUGUAGAUAUUAUGGAGCUUCAUAAAAAUUCCAGACCUCUUCCACUGAUCUUGCUGGGAAUAACCAUUCUGAUUCUUUUUGUGCUUGGUUUCUUCUUGUAUUUUGUAAUAAGGUCAGCACUCAGCAUGAACCAAAAACUUCAGUAUUAGCAGAUCUACUGUACAACAACAAUUCAGACUGCCUCAGUGAUUCAGUCAAAAAAACAUAGUUAGAAUUUCCUCCCAUUUGUGUUGCCUAUGCAACUGUAUUUCACGUCGCUCUCUAGUCUGAAGUGCAUACAUUGGUUUUAUUUGACUCUUACUGAAAGAAUACUGAAGCUCGUUUUUGUUCAGUCCCUUUAGGACACACCCAACCCUCAUUUCCCUCAGUUUAGGAUUAGUAUUUAAUAAAAUAUUUUGUACCCAAUUUAAAAUCAUCUGUAUAUCCUAAACUAAUCUAUCCGUCAAGAACCCACAAAAACUAAUUUUAUAGUAGCACUAUUUGGUAUUGGCGAAUUUAGUGUUUUUUAUAUUUGGGUUCACUCACCCACUUGCAACCUUUUACAUAAACCUAACUCAUUGACCAUGCUAAACGUAAAGCCAAAUCAACUACUAAAUACACUUUACUUUACAUAGGAGAGUGCAAUUUAGGAAACAGAAGGUGUAAAAGUGGCAGUCUACUAUACACAACAUCUAAAUUUAACAUCAGUACAGUGUUUAUAUUGUCUGGCAUUAAGAAUAUAUUGGAGAUGUGCUUUCAUUAGUGCAAAGGAACAUAUUUUUAUUUGGUCUUAUGAAGUAGAUUGUGAUAAUGGAAGCUUUGUAAUAUAGUCUGUUUAUUUUUUCCCCUUAUUUAUCUGCCAAAGAUGGUAAUGGAUACAAGAAUUUUAAAUAGGUUUUUUGUAAGACAGUUAAUGAUUGUACUAGUGUUUAAUCUUCCAGAAAGCUUUAUAUGUUCUUCCGCAAUAAACAGAAUCAAUAUUUGUUUCAGCAAAUUCAACUCAUGCUAACAGAUCCACAAACUAUUCCUGCUUAAUGCAGUUAUAAUAUCUCUACAUUAAGUUCAAAUUAAUUUUUCAAUCCAAAGGAAACAAGGGGUAUGUGAGACAAUGACAAUGUCCAUUACUGUUUAUAACAAACAGUAGAUGGUCCAGCUUACUAAGAUUUGCCAAGGUACUUGUAUUAUGAAAUUUAAGGUAUAUUUUAUUAUGCCAUUUUAUGUCAUUUUUUUUAACUUUGUGGAGGUGAUAUGUUGAAUUGAGUGUAAGCUGAGUUUUCCAGACAAAUAAAGUAGCUACAGAGUGAAUGUUAUUUUAUUAUUAAAGGUUUUUACUCAAUGAUUUGUGCCAAUAGACGUCCUUUAUCUUAAUAACAAAAACUGUAUAAUUUUCAAUUUUUUAUUUAUAGCUAUUGAUGUAAAAAACACACACAUAUGAUUUGCCAAAGUUCAAUAAAGGAGGAAAACCUGA